CAUUGUCAGGACUUUGGAGAAUCAAUUGCUACAUUCAGCCAAAGGUCACGUCGAUUGACCCAACAGGUCGAUAUAUCGAUUCUUCAAGGCAAGAACACUCUGAUUCCUGCGGUCGAAGGCUUCUGAACAGAGAACUAUGAGGGCAGACGAAGGCGAUGAUUAAAUCGUUGAUGCAUCCGGCAUGUUAUCGUGAAGACCAGGUUUAUGGCCGAACGUGUUUGAAUAUAUUAGAACGACAAGGACAGCGCAUGAUAACAGUAGCUCUUACUGCACGAAUUUGAAUUCAUGAGUGAUCGUGAUGAGCCCAAUGAGAUGUCCUCCAAAUGGAUGCUCCACAAUAAAAAAAAAAUAAAAAAUCCAUAAUUAUGGAAGAAGAUUUUUGUGAAGGGUAGAUUUGACCACUCAAGACUAGAACAAUUUUCUCCUGGAAUCACUUCGAACGAGCGGGAGAAGCUGUUGCUCUGUCCCCACAACACCCUUUGGUACUCCAGACUUCAAAGGUUUUUCGCUUCACAGAAAUCAGAGUCGAAGCCUCAUCUCGCACUAAUGCAAGACACUGGAACGUGUCCGAUUUCUUGCAUGGGACGGAUUUCGUACUUCCGAUGGUCGUGACGAGAAAUGUGGAGCUCUAGAUGCAGCGACUGAACAAGUUUAUGGAAGCCAAAAAGGUCCAAGUUUCAGACAUAUUCUUCUCCCGUUCAUGAAAAUUACUGCAAAGUUGGGCGCCUUUGUUUCAUUAAGUCAGAGGGAAGAAAAAAUGUGAAUUUUCUGACUCAGCCAUCGAUCGACCGAUCUGCAUGAAAUCAGACACAGCUCCUAACUACUAAUCAAAAUGGAAGAAAAAACCCAAUUUUUCUCGCGGUUUGGAAAUCACGCCUUUCAAGUACAUCCCCGGCAGAACACAGAGUUUUGGGCGCGACCUGGUGACAUCGUAAUCCGGAGAAUGCUAGACUACGAAGAUCUAGGCGAUGAACACUUCAGCAAUCAGGUCAUGUCGCUGUGGAACUUUGCAGAACUAUACAAAGACAUGUAUUUCUCGAUGCCAGAGAGAUGUAGCAACCCGAUCGAAAGACAGAAAUUCCAAAGGCUCUACUUCAGAAACGGAGAUCACGUGAUCCGACGCGGGUGUUUCAAACGGGAAAACAAUUACCAAUUUAGAGAUUAUAAAACCAUCGUUGUGUACGUAUACUGGCCUGGAUAUCACCGGUACGGUCCGUUUGUCAGAUUGAAUGCAAUUUGCGAGAAUACAUAUCCGGUCGGUAUUUAUCUACCACCACUGGGUACAGUUCGAUGUCGUGCUCAAAGCUUUAGGUUCACCACGAGUCAAGUAGGAUGGAGUCUCGGCGAUUUGUUGGUGCGGCACUGCAGGCCAGGACCCCCCGGCGUUCCCAGCCCUGGGUGGUCAAGGCUGUUAGGCAUAGGCAUUGUAACUCUAGACUCGAGGAUGGACAUGCUCAAAUCGGGAGACAUACUCAUCAAAACCAAAGGCCGCCCCAUAGAACCAGAUGGGCCGCGAGUCACCGCCGCCAGAUACAACACUCGCUUGGAAAUUUAUGCAUUUAUUUUCACCCAAGCCGACUCCGACGGCGGAGACAGCUACUGGACGUUCAUGUGCGCUGAUUCUUUCCGAUACGACUUCGCCGACCCGGACUCCGACUUGAAGCUCCCGAUCGCCUACGGCGUUCCUCAGCCCGCAGACAUCAUGAUCUCCAUCGACGAGGAGUUCUCAAAUUACGACCCCGGCACCGAGCGCGGCGGCUAUGUCAAGUUCUACCAGAACCCCGCCACCAGCCUGGACAAGCCCGAGAGGCUCAUCACCCUCUACCCGCCCACCCGCGUUCCCGAGACCGGGCCGACCUCCUUCGGAGGCCCUCCGCCGAACCUCGAGGCGGGGAGAGCAGCGUGGCUGGACCCCGGGAAGAUGUGUUUCGGCGACUUACCGGUGCCCCUGGGCGAGUCGUCUCGCCCGCUGGUGUUCCGGUUCGGCCACUGGGCCCCGAACCCGGACCAGGAAGCGGAGGAGGCGUGGGUCUGGGUAUGGAAUCCGGUGGUCGAGCUGUAUUCUCGGCACCCGCGGGCAUCGGACGGAACGACCUACAUCCGGCACGACCGGACGGGGAUCGAUUACGGCGCGGAAACGGGAAUGCCGGAGUUCGAAUCGUUCAGCAGCGAGGAAUUGGACAUCCACACGCCCAUCCCCAUGGCGGACUUCGAAAUCAUGACGGGCGAUGUGGUCAUCCGCCGGGACCUUCGGCACAAUGUGCAUCCCUUCCUCAAGUACGGGAUGCUCCCGGCCUCGGAUCGGCGCGAGGGCUGGGUGCGCCUGUGCCCCGGCGACCUGCUGCUCCGCUUCGGCCAGCUGAAGGACCCCGGGCAUCUCCGGAUCGGCGAUAUCGACGCUCACCACCACCACGCGGACGACCCUCCCGGCAACCGGUUCAUCUUCGGGGUCGAGCUCUACGGGCUGACGCUGGACGAGGAUCACCAAGGGGUCUGGCUGUUCAGGGGCCGCGACGAAGUCGUCUUCGGCAACAUCCGCAGGUACAUGGUUCCUCCCAGACCGCCCCUGGACAGGGGAGGCGACAUCCGGCUUCAGGGCUUCUUGGACGGCAACCCGUACUGGUACAACUCCCCGUUCAGUGCCACACUGCCCACCGCUACUAUGGUCGCGGUGGGUGGGGGGCGAAGCGAGUCGGAGCAGAGGGCGAGAAUCGAGGCCCGUUGCGAUAACUGGGGCGAGUACGUAUCAAUUCAUUAUCCCCCGCGAAGACGCACGAGAGUUCCGUGCGAGCUUUUCUGUCCCGAGUUUCCGAGCCACGAGACCGGCCGAGAAUCCGUCAACGGCUCUCCACCCGUGCAAGCACUCUCGCCGCAGCCUCCUGAAUGAUCCGUGAGCAGUGCGAACCUCGGCUGCUCGAGCAUCGAGUUGAUUCUCACUCCGACCCGAUAGCAGAAUUUUUUUUGGAGGGAUCGUGCAUGAAUUCCAGAUCUCUGCAGACCUGCUGUGACUCUGGAGCCACAGACGCAGACUUCAGACACUCCGGUCGACCCCUCGGCCUACCUAUCCCAUCUCUGGAUUCCGAUGGUUUGUACUGUCAGCCUAAGGUGCCUGGGCCGCAAGGUACGACAGCUCAACGUAAACACCGUCACAGCCGUGGCCGAUCGAUCAACAUCAUUCGUACCGGGCCAUUCGAACCCGAACCCACUGAGGAUAGAUUGCGAGGAAUAUCACGAGAUCAUGGGAAGUUAGAGGUACAGUCUGUAGGCUUCGCCGCACAAAACCUUCUUUGCGGGAGAAAGGAAAAUUAUUUGAAAGAGCAGCAUUCAUAUGCUCUUGUAACACACGAUUGAGAAGACGUGUCAACUAACUUACAGGAGAUGAAGUGUUUUCCGUAAAAAGAGGAAAAUAAAUUUUUUCUUUGCUUGCUGGCCAAUAUCGCUUCUUACGCGGGGAUGGGGCGGGCAGUCAGUCAUCCAGUUUUGAACUUGACUUCAAUCCUGUCAGGUUUCUACCUCUAACGAAUAUAUCUGCUCCAAGCUUUGGGUUAAAACAUUCUCCACCUGUUGAGCAAUCGCGAGAGGAUGUACAAUACUCUUGUGCACCUUCCUGACUGAUGCACUCGCUCCCACGAUUCACUUCAUCUCUCACUGUCGACUGCUACAGCUUUGUGAACAAUCAGAAGGUCAACCCAUUUCAAAAAUUUCUCAAUUGAUUUCUAUCAACAGUCUCGCACACGAGUCUGCUGAAUCUUAGAAAGAAGAAGCAGAUUCUUACAGAGGUAGACUUAGAGAAAAGCUGAACUUCUGACGUGUGAGGCGACGAUUGACGAUUUCCAGCACACAUCAUACACACAGUUCAGCACAUUCUGUAGAGCUCUUCCAGGACUCAACAGGUCAGCCUAGUAAAGACUAAUGGAGGGUGAGAUUUAUGUGACAGUCCCGCUAGGAACUGCGAAACAAGAAUAUUGGGAAAUCCUGUGUGCCAGGAUAGAAGUAACUGCGCCGUCUGCUUGUGCAGUGAUUAGAAUCUCGAGAUUGUACUUCUCGGAUAUCAGGAAUCCUCGACGCACGAUCUGCUUCAUAAGCUGAAAUCGAGGAGCAAACUGAGUAUAAUCAACGAUCCAA